AUGACAAGCAAUACACUAUUCCCUAUUCUAAUUAUUGAUCCAGUUUAUGAAGAUAUAAAUAGCUUUGCUAAAGACUAUGACUAUGAUUUACGCGGUGUCCCACUAUCACAAUGGAAGUUAAUUCUCAAUAAUCCACUUGCUUAUCUCAAGUACUACUUGGAAAGCUAUUCACCGCUCUUAUAUCUGUUGCCUAUCCUACUAUUUAUCGGCUAUUAUACUUCACUAAACCUGUUUCAACUGAUCAGUCUUCUGUAUUAUAGAAUAAAGGUAAUAAGACAAUGGAGAAUAGCGAAACGUGAACAACACUCAAAAUGGAAACAAAGAUUACGCCUGAAAAUGCCUAGAACACAUGAUGGUUUUGGCCUGGCCAAUUAUCAAGCAUUCACUGAUUGGUAUAAAUUAACUGGUGGCAAGUCAACCAAUCUGUCUACACUACCGCUUAACUUUCCUGAAUAUGAAUGUCUGCGUUUUACACUAGAUAGUCAGUGGCCAUAUCUGUCUGCUUUAGAAACUCUACAAAAAGAUGUCCACUGUUACUACGAUCCACAAGUGGUUGAAGGUAAAGCUGAAGAUGAAGACCCGUAUGCACCCCAGCAAAGAAAAGAACGAUUGAAACGUUUAAUUGCUCAGCGUAAAGAACGUAUUAAAGCAGGGAUUGAAGAUCCUACUUCUGAAGAAGAAGAUUUAAUUGUCCCUAAACUACCGUGUUUACCAUAUCGAUUGAAAAGAUCACCAUCACCGACAGAGGAAGAAGAAGGAUUCGAACAAUAUGAAAGUUCAUCAGAAUCCUCUGAAGAAGGAGGAGUUCAACGUAUAGAUUUACAAGCACUUGAAGAUCAAGGUUGGAUAGAAGAGUACAAGUGGAGAGUACGCACCGCUUUGGCACAAUCAAGAAAAUAUGAAAGAAGAAGACAUUAUCCAUCUGUAGCAUGGGCAUUUUCUGCAAAAUAUGGUGAAGAUAGAGAAGAACAAGGCAGUGAUGAUGAUUACGAUAAUAAACGUAGAAAGAUUAAAAACAGGGAUUUGACAAAAAGAAAAAGAAAACUUCCAGGAGGUAUUGACGAUAAAAAAGAAAGUCCAACAGUAAAACAAAGAAAUUUAUUUUCAUCUCAGUCGAAUAAAACUAUGGAUGAUUCAGAUAGCGCAUUUCUUGAUCAUGAUCAGAAUUUGUAUCAAUUGCAAAGACUGGUUAAACGCCGUAACCUGAAGAAAAUGUCAAUUCGAUUAUGUACACCGUUAUACAACAACAACACAGACAUUGAGAAGGAAUCAAUAAUUAAAGAUUCAAAUUUAUCGCAUUUUCAGUCAGCAUCAAACAGACGAAGUGGCUCUCUAUUAUCCAGAUAUUCUUAUGCAAAUCAACAUGGGAAAAGUAGUGUGUUAGAAGAAUUAAGAAGGUUAAGAGAAAGCAUUAGUGAGACAGACACUGAUGAAGGCUAA